CCUAAAGCAAAAUGACGGAUCAUACAUUCCAUCAGCUACCAGCAACUACAGUUCACUUCACCAACCAAGCCAGCCCAGGUCGUUCAUGUUCCUACGCCACUGCCGUCAGCUGGCUCCGUCAUUUUACGACCGCCCCGGACACACCUCAUCUGAAGCGAGGAAUGCUUGCAUUUGUCAGUGGAGUGGUGCGGCCCAGGGACAAUACAUCUGCUUCGCCUGCUCUGCUAGGAAUCAUGAUGGGCUAUACAUCAGAAAGCCAGGCUCUCAUGGAAGGCGAAUGGAGAAAUGGUUCUUGGGCAGAGCUGGUCAAGGUUCCCGCCGAGAAUGUCAAUCUCCUAAACGAGCUGGUGUUGACUAAGCGCCUUGGUUACGCAAUUGAAGACCUUGGUUAUAUCAUUACACUAGCAGUUGCAUAUGGUGGACUUAGCGAUAUAUGCAUGAAAACUGGAGAGGCUGUUAUCGUCGCCCCCGCAACGGGAAAAUUCGGGAGCGCUGCAGUGUACGUUGCACUAGCCAUGGGAGCGAGGAAAGUCAUUGCAAUGGGUCGCAACCAGGAAAAGCUUCGACGAGUGAUCGCGGGCACCGGGGAUCGUGUUGUAUCCGUCCCUAUUACCGGCAACAUUGAGAAUGAUGCCGCAGCCCUCCAAAUUCAUGGACCAAUCGAUGUCUAUUUUGACAUUUCACCAAAGCUCGAAUCGACUCCGUCUUACCUCAGGUCUGCAUUUAUUGCUCUACGACCUAAAGGGAGAGUGAGCCUUAUGGGCAGCAUUAGGAGUGACGUGGAGCUCCCUUACCUCAUGAUGGUUAUUAAAGGCUUGAGAGUUCAGGGAACCUUCAUGUAUACUCGUCAACAGGCAGAUGAGCUUAUCGGGCUCGUUGAAUCCGGUCUCUUACCUCUUGCAAAGCCAGGGGGUAUUGAGACUUCUGGUAAGUUUCCGCUUGAGAGGUGGGAAGAAGCGAUUGAACAUGCAUUCAAUGAAAUGGCGCCGCGCAAGAGUGUCUAUUUUGUUCCUAAUGGAGAGUAGCGUCUCCUUGUCUCGAGGACUAAUUUAUGAAGACUAAAGUGCUUCUAUGCAACACAAAAUUUAUCGUCUUCGACCUCGAACAUGAAUCUGCUCCACAAUGAGUGCCAAACGCCUCUUCUCGAGGCCAG